AUGACAGUGUACGAGUGCACCUACCGCCUUGGCCCUUCAGAAGAGGAAAAGUUUUUCCCUUCUCGAGUUGAGAGCAUGCUGGAAACGGUGAUGAGCGAGUUUUUCAAAGACAAAGUCUUCGACGCACAACAAGCUCCCAUCUGGGCUCAGCAAGCGAGUGGCCGCGUCAUGGAGGAAAUGCAUGCCAUGCGGCAGCAAAUGCCACGAUUUAAAAUUGUUGUUCAAGUUGUCAUUGCCGAGAAUGCCGGGCAGGGAAUUCGUGUGUCAAGCAAAAGUCUCUGGGACGUCAACCUCGACAACUGGGGAAGCUACACGCACAUCCAGAGCGACAUGUACGCAGUUGCACUGGUGUUCGGGUGUUAUCAAGAGUAA